AUGAUUCUUUCUACCUCCCUCCUCAUUGCAGCAUUGGCCGCCACCCAAGCCCUCGCCAUCCCCUCUUCCGCUUACACCUUUUCUGCCUACCCAUCGUCCACAGCCUCGCCUUUCACCCCACAGAACCUCACCUCCUUCACCCAGCCUUCCUCCCCCAACAAUUUCACAAUAGACGGCCCCUACCUCGAGGUCGUCCACGAAAUAUACAACCUCACCACCUUCCCCACUGGCGUCGCCGUUGACCAAGACAACCGUAUUUUCAUCAACUUCCCUCGCUCCGCCUCAAACAAUGAUAUCACGCUGGGCCUAGCAGACAGCUUCAAUACUACAGUCGCGUAUCCAAAUGCCAGCAUACAGACCUGUCAGCCCGGUCAGAAUGUCUCGACGUGCUUUGUCAAUGUUCAGAGCGUGGUAAUCGAUUCGGCGCAGAGAAUAUGGGCGCUGGACACAGGUGCGGGGCCGGGGCAGACGGAUGCGGUGGAAUAUGGAGCGAAGAUCAUGUCCUUUAAUCUAACGACGAAUGAGAUGAUUGAUAAUUACGUGCUGCCAUACUCCAUCUCCGCCAACGGCACGAGCAUCAACGACGUCCGCUUCAACCUCUCCAUGUCCACCGCCGGCGUCGCCUUUCUCACUGAUGAACAAGGCUCCCUGGUCAUAAUCGACCUUGCCUCCCACACAUACACCCGCCGCCUCUUCAACACCUCCGUCGUGGCGGCAGACGAGUUAUUCGUCGGAUCAUUCGACGGAACACCUUUCUACGAGUGGAAAGGCACCCAGCGCUCCCACGUCGGGAUCGGCUCUGAUGGCAUUGCGCUCGCAAACGGAAACCUCUACUUUGCACCUUUGGCGUCCCGAAGAUUAUAUCAGAUCAAUCAGACUGUCUUAGCGAAUGCCAGCCUAACUGAUACCGAGAUGCUCAACGCAGUGGAAUUCAUUGGCCAAGUAGGCAGCUAUCUCGAAGGCUUCACUGCCGAUGACCAAGGCCGCGUCUACAUGGGCACUGCAGAGCAAAACUCCAUCACCUAUUUCAACACCUCGAUAUCCUCUCUCAUGAAUUCGACAAUGCUGAACGGUAUCAACGCAUCAAGCACGAACGCCACGAACGAAGGCGUGAUUCCCGCCUCGGAUAUCGAAGUAGCGCCCUUCGUUAGAAGUGCGGAUAUACAGUGGCCGGACAGCAUGUGUAUUGAAAACGGGUAUUUGUGGUUCACGACCAACCAACUUCCGCUUCAAGGAACAUAUCAAAGGAAUGAUAUCACGAAGGCUAGUUUACCUUAUAAGGUAUAUCGAACUAGUGUUGGGGGCGCCGGUCCUGCUGUGUAA